UUCUCUACCAAGAGGUAAUUCAUCUGAUUCUUCGCAUUAAAAUAUGUGGAGUAGCAUCGCGGGGCACUGUUGAGCCCUAAAUUUCGUCCUCUUCGCUCGAUCGAGCGCGCGCGGCGAGCCCGGCGAUGCUGCGAUGCGAUCGAGGUGCUACCAUGUCGACUGAGAGUCCAGUGUUGUUCUACUCUUCUUCUUCCCCAAAUGCCCCUUGGUCCUCCGUGGUAGACAUGGCCGCGGCGGCGGUGGUCACAGCUUCCUCGCCCUCCAAGUCCCUUCUUGACGAUCUAUCGGAGCUCAUGGAUCUCGACACUCUCCCGGGGCAAUCCCUCGCCCCUGAUGGAUCAUCCUCGCCAUGGCUGGUUUCUUCCUUCUCUCCGGUGGAUCAAUCGGCGGCAGCGCAGCAAAUCUCCUCCUCCUCUCCUCUCCCCUCACAGAUUGUCAGCCCCCAUCACCUCUUCUUCAAGGCCUCGGACAGCUCGCCGCCGAGCUACCGAUCCUUCGGCUCCCUCGGCACCUUCUCCUUCGAUUCCUCGCUCCUCGAGGAGCUCCUGGGCGAGGGCGGCGAUAUUUCGAGCAAUAAUCCCUCGCUGGAUGAAGGGAUUCCUUCCGGUGGUGGCGCCAUGGCCAGCCUCGCCACGAAUUUCUUCACGGAGCGGCUCAAGGAGGCGCUGCGCCUCAUCUCGCGAUCGGAGACCGAGGCGCUCGCGCAGGUGUGGGUGCCGAUCCUCUCGCAGGACAACAAGAUCAUCCUCACCACGCAGGAGCAGCCAUACUCGGUGAUGCACAGCAAAUUCGAUCUCCUGCGCUACCGGACGCUCUCCACGGCCUACGUUUUCCCGUCCGAGAAGACCUCGGACUCCACCUCGGCCUCCCACCUCGGCCUCCCGGGCCGGGUUUUCUCGAGCCGGGCACCCGAGUGGACGCCCAACGUCCAGUUCUACGAUAGCAGCGAGUACUUGCGAAUCCGCGAGGCUGCGCGGUGUGAUGUCAAGGGAUUGGUGGCGGUGCCCGUGCUGGAUCCCAGCUCGCGCUCGUGCCUGGCGGUGAUCGAGCUCGUCACCAAUGUGGAGAAAGUGGAGUUUGGGAGCGAGAUCGGGAUUAUUUGCAGUGCUCUCCAGGCUGUGGACUUGGCUGGAGCACCCAAAGAACACGAUCCAAUGGUUCUCGAGAUCCACAGCGAAGGCCGGCACGCAGUCUACCAAGAAAUCUCCGAAAUCCUCCGUGCCGUUUGUGAGACACACAAGCUACCAAUCGCACAGACAUGGCUGCCGUGCCUCCACAACGGCAGUGGCAACGAAGAGAUCCUCGUCGCCGAUACCACACCCGCCGCGGCUGCUGCCUCGGAUCACAUCAGCCUCUUCACCAGAGACGCCCCGUUCUACGUCUCGGACCCUCGCUUCGUGGGCUUCCACCACGCUUGCGCGGAUCACAGCCUCGAUCAAGGCCAGGGAGUAGCAGGGAAGGCAUUCGCAUCCAACAAGCCGUGCUUCAUCUCGGACGUCAAGAACUAUCUGAUCGAGGAGUACCCGCUGGUCCACCACGCGCGCUACUUCAAGCUCGGCGGCGCGGUGGCGAUCCGGCUGAGGAGCUCCAUCACUGGCGCGGAGGAUUACGUGCUCGAGUUCUUCAUGCCGGCGGAGAUCGAUAGCGCUGGCGGCGCCGCGUUGCUCACGUCCAUCUCGGCGACGAUGCAGCGCGCCAGCCGGAGCUUACGGGCGCUUUCAGCUGAAGAGCUACGGCACGAGUACCAGUUAGGAUCGACGGCUACGGUGGCUCCGACGGCUGGGACGGCGAAGAAGAACCAUCCGAUUGGGGACCGUGGGGAGGCGAAGCUACACAAGACGAAGAAGACGAGGGGGCCGAGUCUCGAGGAAUUGGAGGUGGGCGAUGGUUUCAGUUCAUGGGGGAGCGGCGGAGGAGCUCCGCCGAUCGCUGCUACUCACGAUGUGCUGACGGGCAAGUCGAAGAGAUUGGAGAGGAAGCGAUCGAUGAGUGAGAAGACGAUCGGGCUGGAGGUUUUGCAGCAGUACUUUGCUGGGAGCUUGAAGGAUGCUGCCAAGAGCAUUGGAGUGUGUCCUACGACUUUGAAGAGGAUCUGCCGGCAGUAUGGGAUCUCCCGCUGGCCGUCUCGCAAGAUCAACAAGGUCAGCCGCUCGCUGAUCAAGCUCCAAGGCGUGAUUGAUUCGGUCCAGGGACUGGAUGGCGCUGUCAAGCUCAAUGCACUCACUGGCGAGCUCGCCUCCGCCGCCGCUGCAGCUGCCGCCAUCACCAGGAAGAACUCCAGAAGCACUCUCGAUCCAACCGCUACUGCUACUCCUAGUCCUGCUCGAUCCAGGAGCCCCGAGUUUGAAGCACCAGCUCAAGGUUCUCCUGCUCGAUCCGGGAGUCCCGAUUUUGAAGCACCAGCUCAAGAACCCGCCGCCAACGCCAUCGCCAGCAAAGAUUUCCUUUCCGACACGGACGAGAAGCCAAACUCCGACGAAGGCGAGGGGAGAUCCUCGUGGUUGUCUCACUACGUGGAGAGCACAUCCAGGGGUGUGGAAGCAGCCACCACAACCAGUACGGAACCAGGCCCGGUAGCGGUGAAGAUGGAGCCACGUGUCCACGGCUCCUCGGCGGCGCUGGCGGCGCUCAACGGUGGUCCCCUCGACGCCGACAACUGUACGGAAGCGGCGUUCCGGCGGAGCUCGUCUCCGCCUGAGCUGGAGCUGUCGCGAAUCGAGGCCGGGCACGUGUUCUCCCCGUACCAGUCAUCCGGCGACUCGCCGGCGUCGUCGCCACCGCCGUACAGGUACGGAUGUCCCAUUGUCACCGUGAAGGCGACAAUGGGGUCCGACACGGUGCGGUUUAAGGUGCCGUACACGGGGUUUGGGUACGGGCGCUUGCGGGAGGAGAUCUCUGGCCGGUUUCGGCUGGAGGGCGAUGGAUUUACGCUGAAGUACUUGGACGACGAUUCGGAGUGGGUGAUCCUGGAUGGCGAUGCCGAUUUGGAGGAGUGCUUGGACGUGAUGAAGGGGUCUCACGCGCACACGAUCAAGCUGGUUGUCAAGGAUAUUAGAAUUGGAGGAGAAAGAGGAGGAGGGCGGAACAACAGUUCGCACAGCUUGAGCAGCGUCAAGUUGUGACACGAUCGAAACGAUGACGACGACAAGAACAAAAGGAAAUGCUUGUGAAGUUUUUUCCUUGGCUCGAGGAAAAAAUGGCAACUUGGAGUCGGAGGAGCUUGGACAUUUUCUUGAGAGGUAUGUGUUUAUGGUCUUUGCCUUGGUAGCUCAAACUUGCUUGAGGGAAGACAGGAAAAUGCGAAUGGAGAAGACAGCCAUCUCGCUGUUUUCUGUAAUCCAUCUCGAUUGUUCCACAGCACAAAAGGAAAAACUUUUCCUGUAUAUACAUAUAUAUAUAUCUGGUCACGCAAAAGCUUGUAUUUCUUAUUUCGUUCUAAUAGCUGAAGUUUCUGGUUUAAUUCUUGGAA